AUUUACUGUGAACCAGGCCAUGAGCCAUCAGCUGUACAAAAUAUAUUUCAUACUACUGCACUCAAUUCAUUUUCCUGAAUGUAGCUGCAUACAUGCAUGUCAUUGGGAGUAAUACUCUGUUAUAAUUCCAUAUGGAACCCCCUGAAGAAAUACCCGCUGAAAAUGCAAAAGAUUGCUCAAAUUGGGAAGAGUUAAAAGCUCAGGCCAGUCUAGGAGCAGAGGGCGGCAAAGAGUACAUACUUUCUCAAGACAACGAACUGCGAUUUGAAGUCGAAAACAAUGAAAUCGUACAAAUGGAGAUCAAAGAGGGUUUGGCAGAAGUGUUUGGCUCGGAGCUGAUGAAGAAUAGAAUAUACAAGUUUUCCUCAGGUUCCAAAGUAGCAGUAUUCACAUGGCAGGGAUGCAAGAUUAUACUUCGAGGGAAGACGGAGGUAGCGUACGUUUCCAAAGAAACGCCCAUGGUGAUGUAUCUGAACACGCAUGCCGCUCUGGAGCAAAUGAGACAACAGGCUGAACUUGAGGCUACUAGGGGACCAAAGGUGAUGGUUGUCGGACCGGGAGACGUCGGGAAGAGCACAGUAUGCCGAUUAUUAUUAAACUAUGCAGUCAGGGUUGGGAGGAGACCUACUUUUAUUGAAUUAGAUGUGGGUCAGGGUUCUGUAUCUGUGCCUGGUACCGUAGGAGCCUUGCUGGUAGAGAGACCAGCCGACGUAGAGCAAGGUUUCGCCCUCACCGCCCCUCUAGUCUAUCACUUCGGUGCUACCUCACCCGGCAUCAAUAUGAAACUCUAUCAGAUUCUCACUGCCAAGCUUGCCGAGGUCUUUGCAAUGCGGUGUAAAACAAAUACAAGAAUUGCUCAGAGUGGGUGUGUCAUCAAUACGUGUGGUUGGGUCAAAGGUGACGGCUACCAAUGUAUCAAAUAUGCAGCUCAGGCAUUUGAAGUUGAUGUCAUCAUCGUUCUAGACCAGGAGAGGUUGUACAAUGAACUGGUCCGGGACAUGCCUUCAUUCGUCAAGAUUGUGUUACAACCAAAAUCCGGUGGGGUUGUGGAUAGAUCUCAGGCUUUCAGGCGGUUCACGAGAGACGAGAAAGUUCGGGAGUACUUCUACGGCUUUAACUGCUGUUAUUAUCCACAUUCCUUUGAAGUCAAAUUUGCUGAUGUAGAAAUCUACAAGGUCGGAGCUCCUCCGGUUCCUAAUUCUUGCCUACCUCUUGGAAUGACACCCGAAGAUAAUCAAACCAAACUAGUUCCCGUCAAUCCAGGUCCAGAGAUUGUUCACCAUCUACUUAGUGUAAGUCUAGCUGAUUCCAAAGACGAUGAUCUAAUAUCAACCAAUGUAGCAGGGUUCAUUGUCAUUACCAACGUGGACAUGGAUAGGAAGACAUUCACCGUGCUUUCGCCUGCUCCUCGACCGUUACCACGGCGAUACCUCCUCCUUAGCGAUGUACGUUUCAUGGAUAUCAAAUGAUGAAGGAAUAAUUUAUGGACAGACCUUAAUAGAUUCACAAUAUUUUUAAUACCAUGGACUGUGCAAGCUUGGCAAUGUUUUGUCAAUUUAUCUGUGCCCUUCAUUGAUGUGUCUAUACAGGUGUAUUUAUAGAAGUUGAGUGGAAAUUCCUUCACCACCAUUUUUGGAGUUGUUUAAAUGUUUGUUUCUAUUUUCCACACUUUUGUACUCUUUUCGAAUCUUUUCUAAUGGUUCGGACAUUCAGUUUAUACUACAUAUAUAAUUUCAUAUGAGCGAUGAGUUUUGUACCAUUGAAAAUGUAUUGUUGCAUAUAAUGAGCUAGCCAAUUUGUGACCUAACGUACCAAAGUCACCUGUACGUAAUAUGCAAAUCCCGUGAGAUAAAUCGUUAUCUUUUGUUUUUGACAUUUCAAUGAGCUCACUCAUAUUCACAGAAAUGCAAUAUUUUUUCUUCUUUCUCGUCAGGAGAUGGCCACUCCCAUAAUCGAUUUUGUAUUUGAGAUAUUUUUCUUUUUAAUAAUCGUUUUGAUGGUAAAUCUGGAUAUUAAUGAAUUAAUAGACUAUUCUUUUUUUUUUUCCAUAUUAAACAAAGCCAGCAGAAAAUGUUAUUGUACAUGUACUAUAGCCAAUAUUACCAAUUGGUAUUCAAUUUAAACAAGUAUUUUAACUAUUGAUAUUUUUUGUUGCGUUUUGUUGAGUAUUUAAUAUUAAACCAUUUCCUUUGUUAUCCUUUUAUUUUAUCAAUUUUUCUUUUAAAUAUUUUAGAUGGAAUUUUUUUUUAAUGGAACUCCUUUGUUAUGAAAUUUCAAGCAUUUGUAUAAUUUUUUUUCUUUUUUUUGAGGUUUUAUAUGUAUCUAAUGUUUUUUCCCUCAAAUUUUAUGAUGAAAAAUGUUUUUUGUGUCCUUGACAGUGACAAAGAAAUGGACACCUACUUCGGAACACAACACUGGAUGUGU